AUGUCGCGCCUCGUGCGGUCUGCUCGGGAUCGUUGGGGCCGUUUAUCACGCACAUCUCGGUUCCUCAUCGGAACCUCUAGCAUUGGCUAUCUCUUCUACUUGUGGAAUAAGCGCGACAAACAGCCGUCUACAAAGCCUGUCAGCUUGCGCAAGCCGGCCAAGGGCAUUUUCCGGGUGGACUCGGUGGGGCUGGGGGCAAGCAUGCCGUUUGAACAAGCCAGUUCCGUCUGGAUUGAAACCGGAAAACACGAAUGGUUUCUGUCGGGUGUCUAUGCUGGUUACUGGGGGGAAGGCUCUGCCACUAUACUGGGAUCACAGCUGCUCAAGUCUCUUAAUGCCAGUUUGAUCACCCUAUACUCCCGAUCCAAGCAACCAGAUAAUCGAAGGGUGUACCAAAGCUUCAUAACUGCCUUUACUGGAUUGGACGAUACCCUCAUCAAACCGGUGAAGAUAUUACUCAAAGAUGACAGUGCUGAGGGCAUGCGCAAGAAUUUGGCCGCCAUUCUUUUCGGAAUAUCAUAUCCCGGUUCUGGGGCUCUGGCGACCUUUUUUGAUUCGGCUGUCCAACGUUUCCAUGUGGCUCUUGUGGGUGACUCACGAGCAGUGCUGGGACGACGGAGAAAGACAGAUGAUGGCAAAAUCAUGUACGAUGUACACGUUCUCUCUGAAGACCAGACGGUCAACAAUCCUCAGGAAGUCGCCCGACUUCUUGCCGCUCACCCAAAUGAGCCCGAAUUACUUGAUCGACUUUUUCGUGACUGCGGACGAAAAAUUACUCGUGCGUUUGGAGACGGGAUGAUGAAAUGGAGUAGAGACUUCCAGAUCUGGCUGCGCCAGAACACCCUUAGUGACGAGCCAUCGCCAUUUUGUUUGACCCCGCCGUACCUCUCCGCAGAGCCUGAAGUAACAACAACAGACAUCCACCCAGGGGACUUUGUCAUCUUGGCCUCUCGUGGCUUGUGGAACAGCUUAACCAACGAGGAGGUCGUAGGGCUGGUCGGCUUGUGGCUAGAUGGAGACCGUCAUAACAAGAAUGUGGACAUUCUGGAUAAAACUGGCGGGCACCGCACCUUCGAACGCGACAGCCUUCCCGUAAUACUCACCGACAACGGCUCUGAAUCUCAUUACCGCAGGUGGCCUGCGGCAAAGAAGGUGUUCGUCAACAUGGAGGAAAAUGCCGCAGUGCAUCUGGUGAAGAACGCAAUUGGAGGAGCCGAUCUAGAUUUAGUCAAAGCGCUUAUGAAAACGCAUGUACCCCGCGCUGCUCAGUUUCAUGACGAUAUCUAUGUCUGCCUUGACGCUGCUUACAAAUACACACCAAUGAACAGCGAGUAUUGGCAUAAUCUUUGGCCGUUCUUUUCAUCCACAACGGGCACUGAGCUGCAACUUAUCAGGCAGGCAAUAAUCUCUUUCCAAAUUGCUGGAUCAGGUUGA